CGGCGCCUGCGCAGUGCGGGCGGCGGGCAGCGCAGAGUGCGAGGCUCUUUUGUUCGGCUGAGGGGAGGGCCGUUGUCCCGGGGCCUGCGGUACGCCGCUUCAGUGAGGGGCUCGACCGCGGUCACCCGGCUUGUUGCUUUUCAGGGCGCCACUCCCUCCCGGCUGGCCGGACGCGACGCGCGAGGAGCGCGGCACCGAUUCUCUCUGGACUCUCGGGCGCUGCUUGGAGCAGCGUCACCCUUUAUACCAGAAAGCUGGCGGGCACUAUGGGGAAGAAACAAAACAAGAAGAAAGUGGAAGAGGUGCUAGAAGAGGAAGAAGAGGAAUAUGUGGUAGAAAAAGUUCUUGAUCGACGAGUGGUAAAAGGCAAAGUGGAAUAUCUCCUCAAGUGGAAGGGAUUCUCAGACGAGGAUAACACAUGGGAGCCAGAAGAGAACCUGGAUUGCCCUGACCUCAUUGCCGAAUUCCUGCAAUCACAGAAAACAGCACACGAGAGUGAUAAAACAGAGGGAGGAAAACGUAAAGCUGACUCUGAUACUGAAGACAAGGGAGAUGACAACAAGCCAAAGAAGAAGAAAGAAGAGGUGAGACUAGAAUCAGAAAAGCCACGAGGUUUUGCCCGAGGUUUGGAGCCAGAGCGGAUUAUUGGAGCAACAGACUCCAGUGGAGAACUUAUGUUCCUGAUGAAAUGGAAAAAUUCGGAUGAGGCUGACCUGGUCCCUGCCAAGGAAGCCAAUGUCAAGUGUCCACAGGUUGUCAUAUCCUUCUAUGAGGAAAGGCUGACAUGGCAUUCCUACCCUUCGGAGGAUGAUGACAAAAAAGAUGACAAGAAUUAACUCUUCUGAGUACCAGCCCCUGUCACACCUGACUGUGGGUUUUAAGUGGGGAGGGAAGGAGUUCUACUUGUCUUGACACCAUAGAGGUGGCUUGAGAAGAUGUCCUUUGAAGAGCCAGUAUAGUUUGUGCCCUACAGCAGCCCAAGUGCUUUAAAGCCGUUCCAUGCUGUAUAGUUUGCACACCCAUCCCAGUCGAGGGGAAGGAGGUAAGUGUUUGAAGGCAAUCCAUUCUGCAUUUGGCUUAGAAAAGCAAGUGCCUUCUAUGAAGGACAAAAAAUGCAGAAUGCGGGUGUGGGAGAGCAAAAAGCCACUGUAGAUCUUCAAAGAGCAUCUCCACAACCCACAGCCUUCUUCCCAAUAGUGUUAACUCUGCAUUUUCACAGCGUAGCAUGUGUGUAGUUUUGGCUAUUACUGGUGUAUUAUUUGGGGUGGGAGGGUGGGGGAGGGGAGGAAAGGAGAUGGAUAGGAUCAUUUUUUGUUAAAAUUUGGGGCCUGAUUGGGGAAAUGGUGAAACAUUGGAAAGAACAAACAACUAAUGAUGAUUUGGUUCUAUGUCCAGAAUAUUUUAUCUUUUAAAGAAAAAUGUCAUUCGCAACAUAAAUGAGGACUAUUAGAGACUGUUUAAAAGCUGUGAAUGUCUGAAACUUAGCAGCCAAGGUGUUCCCUACCUGAGCUAAUGCUGUUCCCAGCAAAGGACUAAGCCAGUUAUUAACUUACCAAAGCUGCCAUUCUGGGUGGGCACUGAUUAGAAAAGGGUUGAUAUUCCAUUGGAUUGUACACACAGACAGAUCUUUCUGUCUUAGAGGUGCUAAUUCUUCAAAUUGACAAGAAAGCAACUUUUUCAGUUAUGAAGUUAUAACUGUCAGCUUUACCAUCCAGGCCUGAGGGAUUUGAGGAAGGGAAAAAGGGUUUAGGAGGUGGGAGAGUAGGGAAAGACAAGGGUCCAUGCUCUUAGGGUGGAAAACUCUUGGAGCCUCAAAUUUUGAACUCUGUAAACUCUUGGUACAGGGUUCUUUCACUGACAGCACAAAUUUCACUGAGUCACUUCAAGAGUUAAACAAUUUCAAAAGCCCUGAUCUCAGGAGAAGAUUAAACUUUCAUACUGGGGCAGUGUUUCACUUUAAACACAAAAAAAUACAAAUUUUUUUAAUCCUAAGAAUUAUCUAAAACCCAAAAUGCUGUCUUGAAUCAUGAGAUCCAUCAGUUCUUGACAUCGUCUCUAGACCUGCAUCUAGAACUCCAUUGUAAAAUCUUUUUAGGCAUGUGUUAGGUUUCUGUGAAAAUUGUUCAAAUGUAAACUUCAUACCAUACUGUCAGUUUUUGUCUUAAUAAAAUUAUAGAUUUAUAAUCCUUGA